UUUUAUCUUAUCUUGAGCAAUGUUUGAGCGCUUAUUAACAUUGCUUCAAUUGCCAGUGUUUCCGCUUUCAGCUGGACUGUGUGUUGCUUUCUACAUAUUGCUAUCUACUUUUGCUUUCUUGCUUUCGCAUCUGCUCUAUCUUAUUCUAUCUAUAUUGUAUGUUUGGAUUAUCACAGUGCUAUGGAGAAAAUAUCAACUACGGAAACCUCAGAAUGCGGAAAUGAGGCGCAUAAGGAUCUCCUAAAGAAGAUAUCUACACUCGAGUUUCAAAACGAGGCGCGCGCCAUCCGAACUUCACUACUGAAUGCCAAGUUACAGGAGACCCUGGAUACAUUGGAUGCCCUCACUACCACUCAUGCUCAGGAGCUCUCUCUGGAAGAACGGACGAAUGAGCGGCUGCAGUUUAAAUUACGCACUGCUAGGAACUACGCCAAAGGCUUGGAAAAGGAGAGAGAUGAGUUACGCGAUGUCGUGCAACAGUUGGUUGACAAAGUGGAGAAAUGCGAUGACUUUGGCUUGUGGCCUCACAAUCAGAUGCAUAUAUCCGAGCACCUCGAACCACUUCCUCCCUGUCAGGGGGAUAUGCCGAAAGAUAGUAAGGAUGACUUGAAAUAUGCCACUAUGGUGAUUUCGUCGCUUAAGGCAGACCUUCAGAAUGAAAGGCAGCACGUGAAGGUUGCUGAACGCGAGAUUGCAGACCUGCAAGCAAAGCUAGCCCGCCGAGAGGCCGAGCUAGAGAUUUGCGUGGUCCAUACAGGGCACUUUGUACCAUUCGAUGAGCGGGAGGUAUCUGCCUCAGAAAAGGAAGAGAAGCACGGACAAACGAGGUCGCACUCUCGCACAACUAAGAGAAGAAAGAUCCCCGCAUCCUCUCUUUCAAAAGAGGAUAUUGAAAAGCUCUUCGGAUUCGCAAUUGCAAGAAAUCAGUCGUUGGAGCUAGAAGUAAAAGCUGCGAAAGACAGGCUUGAGGGGAUGAAUGCAGAGAAGACACCUUACAGGCCUGAUCGAAACAGAGAGGUAGAAAGUCCGCGACGACCGCUGAAGCCCAACUUGUCGGCCUACGCCACACCUUCAGCUCGACCAACUCCGAAGUCGCCGAACCUUGCGCCUCUCAUUUCAGAACAAUCGCCUUCGCCGUAUGUCCUAUCACCUCCACGCCGGACAUCUCCAACCCCUCCGACGAUGACAACAAGCCAAGCUGAGAUACGAAUCAUGUCGGUCCAGCGACAGAUGGAGGAACAGUUGCAACGGCUAGCUGCCGCUAUUGACGAUCUCGCUACUGAGAGACGCCACUUCAGAGAACUUUUUGAUAAACGUGCGAGAGAAGAAGCCGAAGAUACAGAUGAGCCCACCGCCGUCGAACACACAAACCUUGCGAGAAUCCACGGUUCAGCAAGGGCGGUCCCCCAGAACGCAUCCACCGGUCAAUCAGCUGUACCCGUAGUGUUUAAAUCAAAUCCACCGCUCGAAGCUUCGUGUUAUAUCAUUGCGGGGACCAAAGUCGAACAAGGACGUACAGAACAAGCAACAGUUCCAAGCAUCAUUGAUCUGCUUGAUGGUGAUGUCCCGCCACGAGUACCACCACCUCUCGAACCUACUUCCAGUGCGCUAAUGGCUGGCACUGUUGUUGAUCAUGAUGAUGAUGAUACAGAGAAGUCGAUGGAACUGGCCACUCCCCUCCAGCCAACUUUGAUACUGGGUGACGCAUCUUGGCAUUCGCGGCAAGGCGAGACAGUGGGGGAUCAGGUAGAUCCUGCGAUGGUUCCUCUACCUAUGUCUCCACCUGAGGUCGAGGUCAACCUUCUGGCUGUUGAUGUGGACGCACGGCCGCCUGAAGACAAUAUUGUUAUUGCGGACCCUGCCGAUGAAGAGGGUGCGGAGCGCUCGACCAGCGAGCAUCUCGAACAGAGAAUAGAGCAACUUGAGGAUGAAUUACGAUUAGCGAGGGAAGAGCUGUCGGAGACUAACGAGGCGCUACAGCAGUUGCGGCACCUCGUCGACAUGCUUCAGCUCGAAAUGGAGGGUGGCGAUCUUCUGUCCGCGGAUGUCGCUUCGGGCUAAGCUCGCUCAAUUCGUUCACGAGUCUCCUUUUCCGGAGUGCAGUGCAAGACCCUUCGAGGGCGAGAAGAAUGACGGGUAUCGAGGAUGUCGAGAACCGAUAAGUUGCGAGAUAAUAUUUGUGGCGUACGGUGUGUGCCGUGCGGCAGCAGUGUUGGGAAUCCCGACAAAUAUUGGUCCUUCAACAAAUCCUCGAACCUCGAAGGGGUACUCAGCACCGAGGACACCGGCUUUAGUGACGUGCUGGUUUAUGUGCCCUGUAUAGUAUGGUAAAUCUUCUUGGAUGGUGUAUUAGGGAUUCUAGCUUAGAAGCAUGGGAAGACAGGCGUGAUUGAAUUCGCUACCCCCGAAAUAUUCAGCCAAAAAGAACUUACGUGUAUAGCUAGGAAAAGGCUUCUGAUGACAGUUCUG